GCAGAUUUCCUCUUCCUUUCUUCAAGGCGAUUUUUCUUUUCUUUUUUCAAGAAAGCACCCAAACUCUGACGCCUCCUCGUCCAGUCGCUACGUGCUUUAAACUGGGCUCCGUCUGCCGCUGGAAGACCACAGACUUGAAACAAUGAAAUCAAGAAGCUUCUGUUUCUUCCUCAUAUUAUUCGAGGUUUUCCUGUCGGCUGCUUGGGGAUGGAUGGGAUCAAACGGGAGCAGGCACACUGGGAGUCUAUCGCAGGAGGAAUCCAGAAGCUUUGAAGUCACACGAAGAAAAGUGCUUUAUGGACAAGAUGGUCUUCAUGCAUCCUGUGAAAAGAAGUACUGUGGCCGGGGAAGUAUAUGUGCUGUGAACAAGGAGACUGAUAAGCCUGAAUGUCGAUGCAUAGAUGAUUGCAAGCCCAGCUACAUGCCAGUGUGUGGAUCUGAUGGCAAAUUCUAUGAAAAUCACUGUGAACUUCAUCGAGCUUCAUGCUUGCAAAGGAAGAAAAUCUACAUUAUCCACAGCAAAGACUGCUUCUUCAAAGGUGACACAUGCACAAUGGCAGACUACGGUCAACUAAAGAGUGUCCUCCUGGACCUUCAGUCUCACCCCCAAAGGCAACAGAAUCACCCUCCAGAGGACAGAAUCCAAAAGCGCUUCUUAGUUGAAGAUCUGUUUAACCACUUGGAUAUAAAUGGUGAUGGGCACCUCAGCAGCUCUGAAUUGGCUCAGCUGAUGAAAAAAGAAGAUCUGGAAGAUGAUUUCCUGGAUUGUACACCAGAGGAUCUUCUCCGAUUUGAUGACUACAACAAUGAUGGUUACCUAACCCUGCAAGAACUUUAUACUGCAUUCCAGGUGGUCCAACUCACACUUCCAGAAGAGCAGAAUGUCAGCAUUACCACAGUGACUGUUGGACUGAGCACUGUUUUGACCUGCGCUAUCCGUGGACUUCUGAGGCCUCCAAUCAUUUGGAAACGCAAUGGAGUCAUGCUGAACUUUUUAGAUUUGGAAGAUAUCAAUGAUUUUGGAGAAGAUGAUUCUCUCUACAUCACCAAGGUAACAACUAUUCACAUGGGCAAUUACACGUGUCAUGCCUAUGGCUAUGAAGAACUGUAUCAGACCCACAUUCUUCAGGUGAAUGUGCCACCAGUGAUUCGUGUAUAUCCUGAAACCCAAGCACAAGAACCUGGCAUAUCAGCGAGCCUCAAAUGUCAUGCUGAGGGCAUUCCAAACCCCAAAAUUUCCUGGUUAAAGAAUGGCAUUGGCAUCAUGCCACAAUUGUCCAAGCAACUAAUGCUGUUAGCAAAUGGAAGUGAACUUCACAUCAAUAGUGUUCGUUAUGAAGACACAGGUGCCUAUACUUGCAUUGCUAAAAAUGAAGUGGGAGUAGAUGAGGAUAUUUCUUCUCUCUUCAUUGAAGAUUCAGCUAGAAAGACCCUUGCAAACAUACUGUGGCGAGAGGAAGGGCUCAGUGUAGGAAAUAUGUUCUAUGUCUUUUCUGAUGAUGGGGUCACAAUAAUUCAGCCAACUGACUGUGAGAUCCAGAGACACAUCAAACCGAAUGAGAAAGUUUUCACAACUUAUGCAGAAAUCUGUCCUAGAGUUGAAGGUGAAGCUGUUCAGUCCUGCCUCUGGGCUUCCGCUGUCAAUGUGAGAGACAAAUAUAUUUAUGUAACACAGCCUAAGUGGAAUAGAAUAAUGAUCCUUGAUAUCCAGACUCAAAAAGUCAUUCAGUCUUUGGAUAUUGAUCCCCUACCAGUAAAAUUGCAUUAUGAUAAAUCACAUGACCAACUCUGGGUUCUUAGCUGGGGGGAUAUGAAGAAGUCACAUCCAGCGCUACAGGUAAUGCCAGAAGCAAGUACAGGAGAGAAUCAACAUAUCAUUCGUACCCAUCUGGAUGGAAUGGAUGAUUUUUUUAUUCCACCCACAAAUCUCAUUAUCAAUCAUAUCAGAUUUGGCUUCAUCUUUAACAAGUCUAAAGCUGCGGUUCAUAAAAUUGAUCUGGAAACUGUGGCUCACAUCAAGACGAUCAGUUUCAAAAACUACAGUUGCUUGCCGCAAGCCAUGGCCUAUACCCACCUGGGCGGCUACUUCUUUGUCCAGUGCAAAAGGAAUACAUCAAUACCAAUAACUCGGCAGCUUAUAAUUGACAGUGUUACAGAUUCCGUUAUUGGCCUCAAUAGUGACACGUCAGGUACUCCCCACAUCUCCCCAGAUGGACGCUAUUUGGUCAGCGCAGAUGAACACAACGGAAGGAUCAGAGUCCAGGCAAUAACAGUCCAAGGGGAAAUCAAGUUGAUUUAUGACUUACAAACCUCCAUGCACAUAUCUGAUCUGACAUUUCAGUCCUCUUUCACUGAAGGCAAUCAGUAUUAUAUAUAUGCUACUUCACAUUUGCAAACAGAUGUGCUUUUUGUAGAAUUGUCAACAGGGAAAAUGGACAUACUGAAGAAUUUAAAGGACCCUAUCAAAUCCAAAGACUGGCCCUGGAGCAGCUACAACAGAAUUAUCCAAAACAGUGGAUUAUUUGGGCAAUACCUUAUAACACCAGCAAAGGAUUCACUAUUUAUUAUUAAUGGAAGACAAAACACAUUACGAUGUGAGGUUUCGGGUAUUAAGAGGGGCAACACAGUGGUUUGGGUUGGAGAUGUAUGAAAGGGCAGAAAGACAGAACUUUCAGAAAAUGAAGUACAAUUGGACCUUUAACUGCAAAAAAAAAAAUAUGCAGUAGCAUUGUAUAUUUUUACACUGAGGGGAAAAUUGUAUAAGCUUCAUGGUACAACAUUGGCCUCCUUGCAAGAUUUAAGGUAUGCUCUGCUAAUAGGAAUUGGUUAUGCUGGAAAUGGCUUGAGUUUGGAAGUUAUAGUGGGAAAAGAAACCAUUUCUCCAACUGAGAUUGAAUAAGCCACAUUCCUUGGUGAUGCAAUAGAAUACCACUUUUGAGUUAAAUUCUGAUGAGUCCUUAAGUACUUUCUAUCAGUAUUAUUGCUGUUGGUACAAAAUAACAUUUCCUGUAGUGUGUGCUGCGUGGCACAGAAUCAGAUCUGUAGGUAGCUUUGCCAUUUUGGAUGGGUAAACUUGAGGACUUAAUAUAUUUAUGUACUUCAUUGACAAUAGUUUGGUCAAAAGCUUUUUUUAUACUUUUAUUUUUUUUAAUGAAGGAAUUUAUGCAAUUGUCCAGUGCAACAAAUAUCCAGUCAGAAAAGUUUCAAAAAGAUACAAUUUAUGGCCAUCUAAAAAAUAUGCAGCCCCAGAAGCAAAUGGAAAGAUUUGAAUAUCUAUUAUGUCUACAUACAUUAUUUCUAAAUAUACAAGAGGCAGCAAUGCCUUUCAGUGCUACUGGCCUCACUGGAAGAUGUUGCCCUUAAAAUCAAAGGGGGGGAAAGGUAAAAGAUUAAAACUUGAAUUGUUAGGGUGGGGGGGCAGGGGGAGCUGAGAGGGUAAAUUGUUACAGAAAACAAUCUUCAAAAUGCAAAGUUCUACAAUAGAGAUCUGCAUAGAUCAUUUACCAUUCUUUGUGGCGAAAUGCAAGAGCAAUUCAGGGCAGCUAAGAUGCCUUUUUGAAACCAAAUGUGACAGAAUUCUGUACUGUCAGCUCUCUUUCUCUGGCCUUGCCCACCCCCUUAAUUGGCACUUAAGUUGACUGGGUGGAGAACCACCCCUUUAAUCCUAAAAAUAACAUUAUUCCAUUUUGUAUGAGAUGUUUUUUAAAAAAUAAAAGAGGUAAGAUAGAUUUGAAAAUUAGAUGAUUUUUGCAUCUUUGCCCAUGUAUUUUCUAUGUGACCAGGAAAGAAAGUUUCUAUUUGUUCAGCAGCAGCAGCAGCAGCAGCCAUACAAAGUGUGUAAAAUGAGCUACUAUUUUAGCAGACAGGAAAAUAAGCAGUGCUGUUCCCAGUGUAGAGAGAAACGUUUCCAGAAAUCAUUUAUUCCUCUUCAUUAAAAAUUUACUAUUUCUCGAAGUAAUUGGGUUCUUCAUAAAAAACAAUGGCUGUGUCUUGAAAUGAACCUUUUUCCGCAACAUAUUUUCAUGCAGAAAACUCUUAGCUUUUAUAUAAAUCAGGCUCUUAAUUUUCAUCUGUCAUCAUAGAUUCUGAAAAGGGUUUUUUUGCUGCUGCUGCUGCUCAUACAUGCAUCUUAUUCAUAGUGCUUUCAUUUAUAGUCAAUUCUCAUUCAUUUAUGAAAAGCAGAGUAAUCUAAAACCAAUUAAAAUAUACCCAACAAUGCAACAGCAGACACUGAGAAUUGUAAGCUGAUUUGCCAUAAAACUAACAUCUAUUUGCACAUUUGGAAAGAUGCAAAAUGUGUCUUCUAAGGUUGGACACUGCUACUAAUCACAGUUGGAAAACAAACAGAGUAAAAACAGUUUUAAAACAAAUUAAUAAUGCACAGCAUCAAUCCCAGUAUAGCCUAGGCCAUUGAAGGUUGCAUUUUUACAAUCUAAAAUCAUUUUUAAAAUGCACAUUCAAGUUGGUAGCAAUAGUACUUGAUUCACUAAAAUGAAACCUGAUCUAUUGUUUUGGCAUGAGCUUGUUGCCUGUUAUUAAUACAAAGAUAUCUAUUGAAUACAUAUGGUAAUUUAGGGUAACAGUUUUCUAACCAUUUUAAUAUGGAUAUUUAAGGGUAAACCAUAUUUUUGAACUGGAAGGAUGCAGAGAUCUAUUUCGGUUUACAGUUUGAGCCUACUGCUGUAUUAUCUCAAGACAGAAUGUAUCUACACUACAUCCAACAUUCAUGGAUUCCCAAGGCACUUAUGUAAGAGAAUGCUAGGGGCUGCUAACUUAGUCUUUUCAAUUACCUCACAAACCUUCGAUUCCCAAUGUUCCUUUAGUGAAGGCACUACAGUUUAAAGCCAAAUAAGGUCUGUCGUGUAGAUAUCGUGAGUUGAGAUACUAUGGUUGUUUUGAAAAUGUAGAAAAGCUGCAUCUUACAAAUCAAUUAAGCACAGAAUUCUUGAGGUUACGUAGAAAAACGAAACUUUAUAGUAGAGAAAGUAAAGUGUUCCAGCACCUCUAGAGAGCUCUUAGCAAGAGAUGGUGGGGUUGUCUCCUCUUCCUCCUCCCAGAUUGAUCAGUGCUAAAAUAUAUAUAGUGUUUGCAGUGCUCAAAUUAUUGGGUGGCGGGGAGGGGAUCCAUAAUGAAAUCCUCAGGAAUUACCCACUGUUUUCCUUCAAAUAUAUCCAAAUGAUGCCCCCUAGACUUCUAAAACCAGUAGCGAAGGCAGACAUCACAAAAGAUUAAGGAGCUAGGCCUCCUCUCCCCUCCCUGUAAUUCGAGCACUAAAAUUUUGCUAAAGCCUACAUCAGUUUUCCUGUGAGCCAUAGGAGGUUAGAAAUGAGCUAUGUAAUAAUGGAUAUGGCCUCCAUGUAGGCAUAAGCGGUGGUCAGUAAUGGUGAAGCAAAGCUAUAUCCAUACAUUGCACUGGAGCUCUUUUACUGGAUCUGGCCACUGUUUUUAUGUCUCUUUUUAUGAUUUCUUGAAUAUUUUACUCUGAAUAUGGUAAGUUGCCCAUAAAUGAAGACUUUUGUGACAUAUAGCAAAAUGUUACUUUUAUAAAAUUAUUUAAACAAUCCUUGUAAAUAUCUGUUCAGGUAAAUAUUCUUGAAAUUAGGAUGUGAAGGAUGUGUAAUAGACUUCACUGCUUUCUGCUUAUCUUAACACAUUGGACUAGAGUUAAUUCCAACUUUAAUCUUCCAGAGAUGGUCCUAUGACUUUCCUCUUCUGCCCCCAAGGUCUGUUGAUGUGCUUUCUAAAUAUCCUAAUGGCUUGGUCCGACUUAGAAAUAUGUUUAAUUUAGAUGCUUCACACAACUCGUGAACAGUUCCAAUGAUGUUUUGAUCCCAAAUAAAAAGUGCUGCACAUUUGAUUUUCCCCCCACCCUUUAACACUAAGAUCACAAUUUAUCUGUACCACAAAAGGUGUAAAUCAUGUUCGUCUCCUUUCAACUUUUGUUUCUCAAGCAAAUUAAAUCUCAUUGGUUGCA